UCCGUUCUUCGAAGAAGCAUCAAGUUCUGUUGAGAGUUGAAAGUUAACCAUGGAGGAUCCGGAACAGGAUGAAGUAGAAAUGCAACAAAAUCCAGGAGGAGCUGGAGAUGGAGGAGGAGGAGGAGUAAGAGUAGUAGAAGGAGGAGGAGUAAGAGUAGUAGAAGGAGGAGGUGGAGGAGGAGGAGGAGGUGGUGGAGGAGGAGGAUCAACGGAUUUACAUUUUUUUUUCAAAACCUGCUGCUGGACGUUUGGAAUAGCUGCAAUUGUUAUUACUUUUGGUUGGACGAUGCAUUACAUUGACUGGGAAUUGCGCCAGUCGUCUCAUGCUGAGCCACCGACGCCGCCGCGGAACCCUUGAAUCCAACAACCUGUGGCCGGGGAAUCUAUAUUCGUUGAGGCAAAUGAAUACAAACAAACUGUUCCCUCUUUUUUUCUUUUAGUAGUCACGUGACAUAUUGAGUAGUAGAAUUUUCACCACCGGUAUGUAAUGGUGUGUAAUAUGCACAAAGUUCUUACCUAGUUUGUUUACGUAUAGCUUAAAAAACAGUGAUGAUGUA